CCAAUCAGCUGCUAGUCUAACGUCAAAACAAUCGGGUCUUUCGUAACGUCAAAUCAAAACACACGGGACUACAGUAGUCCCAAAUUGCAGUGGCUGCGAAUGAUGUUCAGCAUUCGCUGCCUGCGCCAGUGCUACGGUCUCCGGAAUCCGGCAGGUCCUUUCGCCCAGAAGAUCCAUGUGUCCCACAACUCCCGGAGAGAUUUCACGGGCCUGGGUCGGAUGAAAACCCACCCAAUAGGUCCACAAAAAUUCGGUCUCCGUUUAACCCAUGGCAAGGGUGAGGCGGAGGGUGGAGCCCUGAGUUUUAUCCUUCUGCGAUGGACGAAAACGGCCUGGAGCAAUAUGUUCGGGAAGUAUCUACUCAUAACGAACGUGGUGGGAUCCGGUCUUCUGAUGGUCGUGGGCGAUGUGAUUGCCCAGGAAUACGAGUACAGAAGGGGACUGCGGCACCAGGAUCGCUUUGAUACGGAUCGCAUGUACAGGAUGUUUGUGGCGGGUGCCCUGCAAGGACCUCUACAUCACUACGUCUACAACUGGAUGGAUAGGAUAAUGCCAGCUCGCACUUUCCAGAAUAUCCUCAAGAAGAUCUUGAUAGACCAGUUGUUUAUGUCGCCCGCCUGCAUCCUCAUUUUCUUCUAUUCCAUUUGCUAUCUGGAGCGUCAAACCCUGGAGGCCACAAAUCAAGAGCUCAUCACCAAGUUCCCAUAUGUCUACCUGAUGGAUUGGAUGACAUGGCCGGCGGCACAGUACCUGAACUUUCGCUAUUUGGACACCAAAUACCGGGUGACGUUCGUCAAUGUGUGCACGGCCGUUUAUAAUGUACUCAUGUCCUACAUGAAGCACGACUUUGGGAUUCAUUUGCCGCUGGAUGGGGAACUAGUGGAGACUUCUGAGAAGACCAUUCUACCACCGAGUUCCACGACAAACCCGGAAGCCCAGAAGUCCGUUUAAGACACGACAACCACCUCGGGAUAUGUGAUAAUAAUCCAAAUUACCAAGUCAUUGUGCACACGAGUGUUAUGUAAAAUGAAGAGGCUCCUAAUAACAAUAUAUAUGUUUGUAUUUAGUACAAAAGUGAACCUAAA